CAGUUAUUCAGUGUCCGCAGAUGGAAACACAAACAAACGGGGGCAGCUUAAGCCGUUUAAUAUGGGCCGACAGGAUGGGUGAGAAAAUGACCGUGCCUCUAUUUCAACCUCCAGGCUCUAUCAAGUCAUACAUAGACCCACAUACUUAUGAAGACCCUAACCAAGCUGUCAGGGAAUUCACCAGAGAAAUUGACUCCUCACAUAUUACUAUUGAGUCAGUUCUUGGAGGAGGUGAAUUCGGCGAUGUUUGCAAGGGGAAACUUCGUGUGCCUGGUCGCCAAGAUAUGACGGUCGCUAUAAAAACGUUAAAACCAGGAGCAACAGAAAAAAAUCGUUUAGAUUUCCUCACAGAAGCUAGUAUUAUGGGUCAGUUUGAAGAUGCUAAUGUCAUCUUCUUAGAAGGAGUAGUAACUAAAAUGAAGUUCUUCUCCAUAUGGCCAUAUCAGUCAGAAUGUCAUCCCAUUAUGAUAGUAACAGAAUACAUGGCAAAUGGCUCCUUGGAUACUUUCUUAAGAAACAAUGACGGAACAUUUUCCUAUCUUCAAUUAAUUGGUAUGAUGAGGGGCAUUUCGUCUGGAAUGAAAUAUUUGUCAGAAAUGAGUUAUGUACACAGGGACCUUGCAGCCCGGAAUAUUUUGGUAAAUGAACACUUGGUGUGCAAGGUGGCCGACUUUGGUCUUUCUCGAGAGGUGGAAAAUGAUACUACAGAUGGGGCCUAUACAACUAAGGGUGGCAAAAUCCCUGUCAGAUGGACAGCACCAGAGGCUAUUGCAUUUCGCAAAUUCACGUCAGCUUCAGACGUCUGGAGUUAUGGUGUUGUAAUGUGGGAAGUGAUGUCAUACGGGGAGCGACCCUACUGGAACUGGUCUAACCAGGACGUUAUAAAGGCAGUUGAAAAAGGAUAUCGUCUUCCUCCACCUAUGGAUUGUCCUGAAGCAAUCCACCAAUUGAUGCUUGAUUGUUGGCAACGAGAAAGAAACCAUCGACCAAAAUUUAAUGCAAUUGUCAAAACUCUGGACAAAUUAAUACGAGCGCCGGAAUUAUUGCGGAAAAUGGCAAAACCCCGGUGAGUAUUUGGACAAAAUU